AAUUAUAGUCCUCAUCGUGAUUCAUAAGAGAAUACCUAUGAUCUUUAUUAUCAAUGAUCCGAUCGAAUGUAUGCCAAGUAGUCUCAAUAUCUUCUUUGAUAAUAGGCAUUUUUGCACGCAUCAUUAAUUCUCGCCAUGAUUGACGAUAUUUUUGAGUAUUUAGAACGCCCAUUUUGAUUUCGCGAAGUAAACGUUCUUUCUUUAACAUUAAUUGUCGUUCUAAUGCCUUUUUUAGUUUUUCUUCUUUUCUUAAUGCUUUUGUCCAUCGAAUUUUCUUCUCUUUUUUUGGCGGCAUAUUCCUUUUAUAAGCAAUUAUUAUCGUUUUACUAUUAUAACAUAUAUAUUAUGUGUUAUAGUAACAUAUCGACGUAUAAUGCAAUGUGUGUGUAUGUAUAUUUUACAUAACAAUAAUAUAGAAUAAUAAAAAAAUAUAAUAUCUAUGAUAAUAAAAAAAUGUUUUAUAAUUAUCUUCAUUAUAAUUGUAAAUUAAAAUGAAGGGAUGUGUAACAUCGAACAAAUUCAUAUCGAAAUUAAAUCAAGUUUUUUAAUAUUAAAUGAUAAAAAUUAAAUGCUUAAUAAGAAUGCUUUUUUUUCGUUACGUAAAAUUUUUUUGAUUCCUUUUAUAGUCAUAUAAAUUUUCUCUUACGUUGUUAAUAUCCUCUCAUUCAAUUAAUAUAUGUAGGUGUGUUAAAAUGAAUGGGUAUAUCCCCUUUAAAAAAAGAAUUAUAAAAUCAAACGUGUAGCCUCAAGUGAUUUGAAUAAAAUCAUCAAUGAAAUGUACUAUGUUAAUGAUAUUCCUACUCCUUACAAGUUUUGCUUGGGAAUUCCAAUGAUUUUUAAUGACGUUGUAAAACUCGUUUAGCUAGAAGAGGUUACACGAUAGUUUCAUUCAAUGAAUUUAUUAUAUACAUUUGCUUUUUUUUUUUUUUAACUAUAGUAAGUUAUUUCCUAAAUCAUAAAAACGAGUGGAAUUUUAUUACAAUUAUAAAUUAAAAAAACGAAGAAAAGUAUUAAUGAUAUUCAAGAAGUUGUAUAUAGAUAUAUAUAAUGUGUAUUUGCGAUGUCAUUUGAAUAUGAAUGUUUGAUCUUUCACAAUCGUUUAGAGUAAAACGACCUCUUUGAAUGUUAAUUAUUACACAAAAAAAAAGGAAAGAAAGAAACCUUAUUAUCACCAAAAAUUAAAAUAGAAUUAUUUAAAUUUGAGCCAGUGAUUAUGAAAGUGGUCUAUCAAUUGAAAUAUUAAAAAAACACAUUGUUCUUUUAUGCGAUAUUUCUAAAAAAAUGUUCAAUUACAUAAAAGAACUAUUUUUGUCAAGAGUAAAUGUAUUUACUUGUUCUGUUUGUCAUUACAUCAGAAAUAUAAUUUCGGAAUAAUUCAAAUCAACAAAUAUAAAAAUAUAUUUCCAAAGAAAAAUUGUUUAAGAUACUUUUUCAUAAUCCCUGACCCAUUAUUAAUCUACUGAUAAAAAAUGAAAUUAGAAAAAACUAUAUGUUAAAAUUUGGAAUUCGAAGGUCCGUAAGCAAUUAGAACGAUUGCGUUAAAUUACUAGGAAUUCAUCGUUUUUUCAAAUAAAAAAUGUCUGCAAAGUUCAAUGUCAUUCUUACGAAGGUAAGUCGAGAUGAAGAAAACCGGAAAGAUGAGAAUGAAAGAUAAAUUUGUAUUUUCUAUGAGAACACGAAUAUAUACAUAUAUACGUAUGUACAUAACGUGGGUAGUAUCUGUGAAAGGAAACCAUUGGUAGAAAGAAAUUAAACAUUUUAGUGACUAGUAAAGAUCUCUUGAUGGUAGGGGCAUCUUCCGCGAUCUUAUGCUAUAAAAAGUCUUUCGAGACUCAAGCUAAGAAAGGAUGAAGCUCCAUUACGUAUUGGCAUUAAUUACACUUCUGACGGUGACUUAUGCAGCCGACGUCACUCAAGAUUUAUUAAAUUCAUCAUUGAAUCCCAACAAUGAAAGUAAGGUAAAAGAGAAGAGAAGUUUACUUUUAGGAAAAACUGCCCUAAUUGGAGGUGGUGGUGCUCUUCUUGCUAAAAAAGCCCUUCUUAUUGGAGGUGCUGCCCUUGGAGCAAAAGCAUUGAUUGGUGCUGGCUUGUACAAAGCUAAAUAUUUGGGAAGUGGUUACAGCGGUGGUCAUGGGGGAUAUGCUUACGGAGGUGGCUAUGGUUUUGGAGGGGGAUAUGGUCAUGGAGGUGGAUAUGGUUAUGGAGGUGGCUAUGGUUAUGGAGGUGGCUACGGUUAUGGAGGUGGCUACGGUCAUGGAGGUGGCUACGGUUAUGGAGGUGGUUACGGUCAUGGAGGUGGAUAUGGACACGGGCAUUCGACUUAUCACGGCUCUUAUUGGCGAUAAUUUUAUAUAUUGUAAUGCAGUACGAAAGUGUUCUUGAGAGAUUUGUCUGAAAACAGCAUUCUUGGGAAAUAUGUCUGAACCCGAUAUUCUUGAGAAAAAUAAUUCUUUUAUAUUAUUUGAAAGUUUAAAAAAUAAUAUAUUAACAAAAAUGCGCGUUUGAAAUUGUUCACUUAUAAUUAAACUAUUUUCACAAUCA